UGGCAAGUGAUAGAACUGAGAGCAUGGUUAAAGCCUCUUAAAGAUGGCUGAUGCUGAUAACAAACUCCAAAUUCCAAUUGUUAAACUGGGCAAUCAAGGACUUAAGGUGUCAAAGCUGGGAUUUGGAUGCAUGGGUUUGACUGGGGUCUACAACGCUCCUGUCUCUGAAGACGAAGGGAUCGCCAUAAUAAAACAUGCCUUCAGUAAGGGAAUUACUUUCUUUGACACCGCCGAUAUGUAUGGACCUCAUUCUUGUGAAGUUCUACUUGGAAAGGCCUUAAAGCAGUUGCCAAGAGAAAAAGUCCAAGUGGCAACAAAGUUUGGUAUAGUAGGAAUCGGUCCUGAUCACCGUAUAAUUGUGAAGGGUACCCCUGCGUAUGUAAGGUCAUGCUGUGAGGCUAGUCUCAAGCGUCUUGAUGUGGACUAUAUUGACUUGUAUUAUCAGCACAGGGUUGAUACUUCAGUGCCCAUAGAGGAAACCAUGGGUGAGCUUAAGAAGCUUGUGGAAGAAGGAAAAAUUAAGUAUAUUGGCCUCUCUGAACCCAGCCCGGAUACCAUAAGAAGAGCGCAUGCAGUUCAUCCCAUCACGGCUUUGCAAAUGGAGUGGUCUCUUUGGAGUCGUGAUAUUGAGGAAGAGAUUGUUCCACUUUGCAGGGAGCUAGGAAUUGGAAUAGUUCCUUAUGGUCCUCUUGGUGGUGGUUUCUUCGGUGGAAAAAUGGUCGUUGAAAGUAUUUCGGAGAAUAGUCUUUUGGCUUCACAUCCCCGAGUCCGAGGAGAGAAUUUGAGCAAGAACAAGCCUAUUUAUGAUAGAAUCGAAAUCCUUGCUAGAAAGCACCAUAUUUCUCCUGCUCAACUCGCACUUGCUUGGGUACUCCAACAAGGCGAUGAUGUCGUGCCUAUUCCUGGGACGACUAAGAUUAAGAACUUGGAUAGUAACAUUGACGCAGUAAGGGUGAACCUAACAAAGGAGGACCUAAAAGAAGUUUGUGAUGCUGUACCAAUUGAGGAAGUUGUGGGUGAUAGAACUUAUGAGAUGGUAAGUCACUCGUCGUGGAGGUUUGCCAAUACUCCAAAACAUUCUAACUAAGAAAG